AUGACUGUAGAGUCUGUGAAGCUUUGGCUAGAAGAGCUUGAACGUGUGGCUUUUGAAGCUGAAAAUUUGUUGGAUGACUUCAACUAUGAAAUGAUUCGACGCAAAGUUGAGAUCCAAAGCCAAAUGAAGAGGAAGUGCUGGCUCAUUCUCAAAGAAAAUGCAUUUGGCGCUGGGGAAGUGCCUAAUAGACUGCAAGAGAUAGGUUUCAAGAUUGCGCUAGAAUGUAGAGGCUUACCAUUAGCCACAAGAGUUCUCGGUGGCAUGUUGCGCAACAAGGGAACAACUGACUGGGAAACUUUAGAGAGUAGGCUUCAAAGUUUAGGUGUAGGUGAAAAUACUAAUGUUGAUAAAAUUUUGAAGUUGAGUUUUGAUCAUCUUCCAUAUCCAUCUCUUCAAAAGUGUCUUUCAUAUUGUUCAAUUUUUCCCAAGGAUUUGGAAAUGGAAAGGAAUCAACUGAUCCAACUUUGGGCGGCAGAAGGAUUUCUUCAUUCAAAUCAAAGAAACAAUAUGUGUAUGGAGGAGGUUGGUAACAUGUAUUUUACCAUUUUGUUGGAUAGUAACUUGUUUCAAGAUGCAGAGAAGGAUGAGUAUGGGAAUGUUUUGAAUUGCAAAAUGCAUGAUCUUGUGCAUGAUAUGGUGCAAUCCAUUUCCAGUUCUAAAACUUUAAGGUUGAUAGAGUCUGGAAGUGAUGAUAAGGAGACGUUUCCCAUUCAGUAUCUUGCACCAGAGAGAAGUGAAAAAGAAAUGCCAUUUCCCCCUUCUAAAAGGUUCAAGUGUAUUACAACAUUAUUUUUGUUGGAAGACAGAUCACUUAAUGAUAGAAAGAUUUCAUUUUUUAUGUUGCGAGUUUUGAGCUUAAGGUCAUCAAGUGUCAAGGAGCUUCCUAAAUCAAUUGGCAAGGUAACUCAUUUGCGAUACUUUGAUUUAUCAAGAAUUUCAAUCAAAAUAAUGCCAGACUCUCUUUGUCGACUUUAUAAUUUGCAGACAUUAAGAGUUGGAGAUCGUGAAUCAUUGACAAAGUUUCCAAAUAAUUUCAAGAAUUUGGUGAAUUUGAGGCACUUUGAACUGCGAAAUUGCACAAACUGCAAAGAGUUACCAACUCUUGGAUACAUGCCCUCUCUUAGAUCUCUUCACUUGGAAGGACUUGAUGGCAUAACAAUCGUAGAGCCUUCUUUUUAUGGAGAAUUAGCCAUGCAUAGUGGCGCUAGCAAUCAAAGUUCCCCAAAAUUGUUUCCAAAACUAGGACAUUUCAUUCUAAGAGACAUGAAAAAUUUGAUUGAAUGGAUGGAAGCAAUAGUCCAUGACAGAACCGUGGUGGUAUUUCCUAUCCUUGAUAUGGUAACGAUUGAUAGCUGCCGUCAAUUAGCCACUUUGUCAUUUUCCAUGUCUCAAGAAAUUGAAGAUCAUUGGACCAAGAAUGGAUCAGUAGUACUGGCAUAUAUUUGUAGCGGAGUUAGCACUCUCACUAGUGUUCACAUUGAGGAUGUGAAUGGGCUCGCCAAGCUACCAAUUAUAUUAUUUCAAAACAAUCCAAAUCUUGCAGAUCUCAAAUUAAGCAAUUGUCGGGAUUUGACCCAAUUUUUGGAUUUUCCAUUUGUUAUUUCGCAAACUUUAGAAGGUCCAAAUUCCCAAACAAUACUUGGGCUGAGCCAACCACGCGCUUAUAUUGACAAUAAUGCUACUCCAUGUUUGGUUGGUCUUGAGUCCCUAGAGAAAUUAGUUCUCUUACAAGGGAGUUUUGUUUUCUUAUAA